GGGGGCCUCAAAAUAUUAAUAUUUUAUAUUAUAUGUUACAUUAAUAUUGAUAUAUAGUAUGUAUAUAAAUAAUAAUGUAACUUUACUGUCAAAUUAAGCCAAGAAUUAUCAGUCUUAUCUGGCUCUACCCAGGAGUUUCAGGUGAGGAAAAUGAAGGGGCUGGUUCUUCAGACGCCAUCAUCAAUUUCAAGGGGAAAGCUCCCAUUGUUGGCUUUGCUACGUUUCUCUGCCCCAAUUUUCAGGAGAACCAUCUCAACUUCCUCUUCACUAAGAUGUAGAGAAUUAUCAAGGUUGAAGUCUCCAUGCUGUACAGUCAAAGCACAUGCAUCUAAUAUCGGCAUUGGAUCAUCUGGGGAAUUUGAAGAAAAGGAGGAGAAUGACAACCAAAAAAUCAUUGCCAGUGAUGCACAAAGUGAAAGUUCGUCUGAAAUUGGGAAGCCUCCUAAUCAAAUUCAGUACUUUCUCUCUUUAGCCUCCGUGCUAUUUGGAUGUGCUAUUGUAUAUUCAUUGAUUGCCUUUGUGAAAGGAGGACCUUCAUCAAUUUUAGCUGCAAUUGCGAAGUCAGGCUUCACUGCGGCUUUCUCUUUGAUACUCAUUUCUGAAAUUGGUGACAAGACAUUUUUCAUUGCUGCGCUCUUGGCCAUGCAAUAUGAGAAAGGACUGGUUCUUUUGGGUUCCAUGGGUGCUCUCUCACUUAUGACUGUCUUGUCAGUCGUAAUAGGAAGGAUAUUCCAUUCUGUUCCUGCUCAGUUUCAGACAACCUUGCCUAUUGGAGAAUAUGCAGCUGUAACUCUCUUAAUGUUUUUUGGCCUCAAAUCAAUAAAAGAUGCAUGGGAUCUUCCAUCAAAUGAGAUUAAGAGUGGUGACAAGAAGAGCCAUGAACUUGGUGAGUUCAUUGAAGCAGAGGAGCUUGUGAAGGAAAAGGUGUCAAAAAGGCUCUCAAAUCCAAUCGAAAUUUUGUGGAAGUCAUUCAGCCUAGUAUUUUUUGCUGAAUGGGGUGAUCGCUCCAUGCUAGCAACAAUUGCCCUCGGUGCUGCUCAGUCUGCUUGGGGUGUGGCAAGUGGAGCAAUUGCCGGUCAUCUUCUUGCAACAUCAAUCGCCAUUCUUGGGGGAGCAUUUUUGGCCAACUGCAUAUCUGAAAAACUGGUUGGAUAUUUGGGUGGAGUGCUGUUUCUGGUAUUUUCUGUAGCUACGUUUCUGGGAGUCUUCUGAUAAGAGUUCCCUUUGUCGAUGGAAUGACGUGAACGAGAAUAAUCUGUUGUGAUCGAGUUUUCGUUAGUUGUAGCUGUAGAGAACUCGGGGAUCAGUUCGUGCAGAUGGAUAUAGAGAAAGGAGGGAUCACAAGAACAGAUUGAAGACAAUUUGCAGAUUAGUACUAUUUGUUUUGAGCAUAGAGAUUGAUCAGACAAAACCUGUUGUACUAAUAAAUCGGUUGAAGAGAGUUUCAGUUCA